CUUUUAUUGAGUUCUUUUGAAGCUUCGCAGUAAAAUAUCGCCUAACGUUGCAAAGCGGAAGGAUCUUCCAUUUCUAUUCUCAUGGAGGACAAGGGAACUGAUGGAGAACAAGGAUCUGUAGAAACGAGUACAAGCAUAUUAGGUGGAAUUGAAUUUCAAGAACCCUAUGUGGGCAUGGAGUUUAAUUCUGAAGAAGAUGCCAGGAAAUACUAUGUUGAAUAUGCUAGACGGGUGGGAUUUGUAGUACGUAUCAUGCAACGUCGCCGUUCAGGUGUAGAUGGUAGGACUCUUGCCCGUCGACUUGGAUGUAACAAACAAGGUUUCUCUCCAAAUUGUAAGGGCACAAUUGGACCAGACAAAAAGCCAAGGCCAAGUGCUCGAGAAGGUUGCAAGGCAACAAUUUUAGUGAAGUUGGAAAAAUCUGGAAAAUGGGUUGUUACAAGAUUUGUAAAGGAUCACAACCAUCCUCUAAUUGUUACAGCAAAUGGGUUCAUCACACCGGUGAGCUUUUGUUCUGGUUUAAAUAAUACAUUCUGAAUUGGAGCUUUUUUAUUGACUUAAAUAAGGGUUAAGGUGC